AUGACAUCUAAAAUUGCCUUAGUAACCGGAUCAAACCAAGGCAUUGGUUUUGGUAUUGUAAGAGAGUUAUGUAGAAGAAAUGUUGGAGUUGUUUAUCUUACGUCAAGAAACAUACAACGUGGUAAGGAAGCUGUGGCAAAGUUAGAAAAAGAUGGUUUUUAUCCAAAGUAUCAUCAACUUGACGUUAGUGAUGAAGAAAGUGUUAAAACUUUUGCUGAAUAUGUGAAGAACAAAUAUGGUGGUCUAGAUAUUUUAAUAAACAAUGCCGGCGUUCUCGACUCAGACUUUUAUAAAGUCUCGUUUGAAGAAGCUAAAAGAAUUAUAGACGUCAACGUUCAUGGGAUAAUAUUAAUGCAAAAACACUUCUUCCCAAUUUUACGAGAUAAUGCUCGAGUUAUUAAUGUAUCCAGUGAUUGGGGACAUAUUACAAAUAUUAAGAAUCCCUACUGGGUUCAACGUCUAACAAAUAAAGACAUAAAGUUAGAGGAUGUGUAUGGAUUUCUUAACUGGUUCUUAGAUUCCGUGAAAAAUAAUGCACUGAAAGAAGAGGACUUCUUUGAAAACUCUGUUUUGGCUUACCGAGUCUCAAAAGUUGCAGUGUCUGCUUUAACUAGAGUGCAGCAAAAUGAUGUUGGCAAAGGAAUUUCGAUAAAUUCCCUUAACCCGGGAUUUGUGCGAACAAACAUGACUAAAGGUGGUGGUGAUAUGACUGUAGUAGAAGCUGGUGUUACUCCCGUUUACUUGGCGCUUGACAUUGAUCAGUCUGUCAAAGGAAAAUAUUUUUGGUUUGACAAAACUGAAGUCGAUUGGGCCGAUUCUACUUUAGACGUUGUUGAUACGUUUGAUGCGUUUGAAAAGGCUUUGGAAGAAGUUAAUAAAUAA